CGGCGAGCGGAGGAUCGUUGUACGUCAUCGCUGAUGAAGUAAUGAGUGAGUUGAGUCAGGGUUACAGAAUCAAGAACUUUCAGACUUUGUCUAACAAGCUGCUGACACGAGUUCCUGGUCUCCAUCUGUGGGCGGCAAGUUGUUUCCAUCAAUACACACCCGCCGGCUGGCAAGUGGAAUAUUUAACCAGACCCCUCCGCUCUCCACAGGCCGUCGUCAGGGAAGUCGAGCAGGACGAGAUGAUCACUAAAUACCGUUAUGUCCACCCGUACAGUGACCGAGGUGUGUCCGACCACACAGACGGCCCGCCAGUCACACGACUGUAUCAUCGAGGUCAGGGUCACUCACGUUACUUCCCAGGUGACUGUGUGAUGUGCGGUCGUGAGGUGGCCAGCUUCCUACACAGUCUCCGUGUUGGUGUUACAGGGAGAAGCACAACAACAUCUACAACAUUGACCUCUACCAGCUGCGGCACAACACCCUGUCUACAGUGGAGAGACGUGUUGGUGUUGUACUGGUGUCACUUUAGUGAUGAGUCGGGUAUGGUGAUAGGACUGCAAGAAGCGGGUAUCCCAGUGCGGGUGAUGACGGACGAUGACGUCGAGGACGUGGCCACGGCCCGCAGUGACGUGGUGUGGGUGACGCAUGGACGUCGUGUUCGUGGUCUGGAGAGAAAAGUCGUCGUGUGUGUGGAGAACCCUGAUUACGAUUUACAUAGAUCUGAGUUGUAUUUAGGACAAUACCACUUUACCUCUGCCCGACUUGACGUCAUGUCCCGCUGUACGUCACAACUUGUGAUUGUCUCCCCCGUAGCCGCUAGAUAUUGACUGACACUGACACUGACACACCUGUCACCUGCUCUAGUCGUGUGUCAAUCUCUUACAUCAACAAUUGUCUUUUAGUGUUUGUCUUCUUCUACUCUCAGUCUAUCACCACGUCAUCACCUAAUGAAGUCAGAGGCAUGACGUCAUUACAGAUUUUUACAUCACGAGGUCUGUGUGUCUGUUUACACAGCAACAAGUGUCAACAAAUUUCUCGGUUACACAGGUGUGUAUGGUAAUGUGUCAGCAUAUCCGUACGUGUGUCAGUCUACCGGUGUGAUAUCUGCGUCAAUGUGUCAGUCUGCCAGUGUGAUAUCUGUGUCUGCCAGUGGGGUUUUCGGUUUUCUGCAACUGCUGAUGGGAAUUUUAUUGAAGUACUUUUAUGAAUUUUGGUGAAAACUGGAACUUGAAGUGGAUACUGGCUUUAGUCUACUCAUUGACAGUGGCACAGGAGAGUUAGAGGUUUUCCCUGAGCUGAUGUUCAGAGGCUUUCCGUUGGGAUAUGCGACUGUACUUGUAUUGUGAGCGAUGGUAGUGUCAGGGCUUCUCCCUGAGUGAUGUUUAACAACAGUAUUUUCCUGUGGGACAGCGACAGUAUUGAGUGGUUGGACGAACUGAGAUUGUGCUUUGUCUUCACACUGAGAAAUGAUCAUUUUCAUCUUUUGUGAAUGAGUCCAUUACACUACUCUGCUUCUGUGUUAAAAAACCUUGCUGAAAAUGUAACUGUAUUGGAUAUUAACUUGCUGUCAUAUUGCAGAAAACUUGGACUCAUUACUAAGAAAACUGUGCGUGGAGUACGUGGUGGGAGGAUAGUUCGAGUAUGUAGCCUUGCUCAUUUCCGUUCAGACUUAGUGCAAGUGUUAGCACCAAGCUCUGGCACCAAUGAGCCUCCUGGACUUACAGACUCUGUGGAUAGUCUGUCUUUGGGGCUACGGCCCUGUUCCUGUAAUUCUUCAUGCUGCUGAGCACCCCGGCGCAUUCAUCGUAUCUCCAUGAUACGGAGUUUGCUCGUUAUAAAACCACAUCAUCAUCAUACCUGUGUCAAUGUGUCUAUAUGUUGUACACGUGCUGUCAAAGGGCCUCAGCAGACUGUAAUGUCAGUGCCGUGCACUAAAGUGUUUAGUCUGAUAUUGUUUACUGCCAGUGGUAAACAAAGGGGACAGAACUCUGAGACUAAAUACAGACACGAGUUGUCCAUCAAAACCUACUUCAUUGAGUUAAGAGAUUCAUUGAUGUAAACACAACAAACACUAGCGGCUCACUUAUACAACACAUGUUACACGUUUAACUGUUUGACACAAACACAUUCACACGAUGUACAAAUGUUGUUUCACAUCCUUUAUAAAUGUCGACACACGUUUCACAAUGUGUGUUUGAAUAAAGAUUGUUGUUGUUAGUUUAAAACAGGUACAAACAGUUGUUAAGUGGUUAAAAUAGUUGUAACAGUGACGUCACCCACAGGCACCACGUGCGCACUGUUACAACAGUCAAACACCAGGCUGACAAUAUAAACAUACACCACACAGCAAAUAAACAAUAAAUACCAAUGACAGGAUACAAUACCUACACCACGAUCACAUGACACUGUUACAGUUUGCCAACAUCUUGUCACAACACACACUAUACCCUGACCGUGGCAUGUCAUGACACGAAGUCUCACAAUCGGCCAUUGCUGACGUCAUGUUAGCCCUCAGUGACGUCAUGUGGAUGGAGGAUGAAGGAGGACAGCGACUGUCGUCUGUCAGGAAAGCGAUGAUGAGGGCGAAGAUAAAACACGUGUGUACCUCUGUGUGUCGAUGAUCUGUUUGACUAAAGAAAACCUUUUCGCGAUGUGUUUUGAUGGAGUCAACACAUGUGUAACUUGGGACUAGACAUGUCACUUGUGUGUUGGACUGCAGCUGUUCUGUGUCUUGGGGUCA